UUCGUCCAUCUCGAGCCUUCCUCGCUCCUCAACUACAAGAUGACGUCGCCAGUGACGAGGGGACCAAAUGUCAACAACGAGAAGGGGAAGACGCCGCACGCCGCACGAAAACAGCGCGAGCCAUGUCAAAAACGGCAGCGAGCGCCUCCGAUGCCCCGCCCUCUUUGGGCUUUUCGAAACUUUAUUGAGAUGAACCAGCAGCGGAAGCAGCAAACACUCAAUUUGAUGGACACGUGAGGCAGAAAGAUCGAUAGUUACGGAGAUACUUGAUUAUCGAAUUGUCACAGCAGUAUUAAUAAUAAAGUGCAAGGUAACCAGCAAACAAAGAGGAGAACUAAUUUAAAACCCAAGUCAUAAAUAUAGUCUGUGUAAAUGUAGUCCUUCUCAAUAAAAAUGAGUCUAAAGUGGAAAGUAUAAUAAUAUUGAAAAAAGUAUGACAUCGCUGCGAUUGGCCAGGAUAAGAAGAGCAAGGGAUGAAUAAUGAUUUAAUAAUGAAUGAUAAUACACCACCCAUUAUGGACGGCGUGUCAAACAUUUGUUGAUAUAUAUGCAUAUCGAUUGUACGUAUGUCAUAUUAAUAACGUUAUUGCGCAGUGUCCACGAGGUCAAAACGUGUCCUUAAUUUGAGCGCUUUUAUUUAUUUGGUUAGUUUUAUGAAAUUAUGAACUUUUCUUGCGUUGUGUUGUGAAAGCUACCUUGAAAUGAAUCGUGUGAUUGGAACAGUAAUCAUAGUGUUGUCCUGUCCACAGUCUGAAACGCAAGAACGUGUUCCUAUGGUAACGCGUUCUGUUGCACAAGAGUGCCUGCGCCUUUAAGAGGCGCCAGCUCGUUAGGAUGACGUAAUGCUUUUCUUUCUCCGCCAUGACCUCAUCGACAGCGGACACGGACAAAGUUUGGAAGAACGCACACAAACACACAAACACUUUCUCCUGCAUCGAGAAUUCCAGUUCGCCCGGGGCCUCGAACGACUCCGACGUCGACCGUUCGAGCGGUGAGUUGCUCAAAAGUGAAGGUAAAAAAAGUUCCGAACGUUUCGCUCAACACGUCGACGAGUGGUGACGUCACGACAACUUACCCGAACUCGCGUUUGUUUGCAUCCACUUGAUUUCAUUUGCCUCAUUAGCGUAGCAACAGUGACACCGCGAUAUCUAUUUUUAGAAACUUGGGCCAAGACACUCGGCUAAUCGGCUACUUAGCAACUUGGCUAACAUCAGGCGAACUCUUCAGCGUACACAACUUCCAUCUAUCCAUUUUCUACCGCUUAUCCGAGGUCGGGUCGCGUGGGCAGCAGCUUCAGCAGGGACGACCAGACUUCCCUCUCCCCAGCCACUUCAUCCAGCUCUUCCGGGCGGAUCCCGAGGCGUUCCCGGGCCAGCCGAAGAACGUAGUUUCUCCGGCGUGUCCCGGGUCGCACCUCACCGGGGAGGCGUCCGGAAGGCACCCGAACCAGAAGCCCCGGCCACCUCAUCUGGCUCCUCUCGAUGCGGAGGAGCAGCGACUCUAGUCUGAGCUCCUCUCGGAUGACCGAGCUUCUCACCCGUUCUCUCAGGGAGAGCCCGGACACCAACCAGGACAGCCCCACAACAUCCAGAGCCUUUAGGAACUCCGGGCCAAUCUCAUCCACCUCCACCCCCCCCCCGCCUUGCCUCCGAGGAGCUUUUUAACCACCUCGGUGACCUCAACCCCAGACAUAGUUAUUGCUUCAGCGACCACCAAAGCCACAUUCCGCUUGGCCGGGCGGUACCCAUCGGCUGCCUCAGGAGUCCCACGGGCCAAAAAGGCCCGAUAGGACUCCUCCUUCAGCUUGACGGCCUCCCUCACCGUUGUGUCCGCCGACGGGUUCGGGGAUCGCCGCCACGACAGGCACCGACCACCUUACGGCCACAGGUCCGGUCGGCCGCCUCAGCAACGGAGGCGCGGGACACGGUCCGCUCGGACUCCGUGUCCCCCGCCUCCCCCGGAACGUGAGCAAAGUUCUGUCGGAGGUGGGAGUUGAAACUCCUUCUGACGGGGGAUUCCGCCAGACGUUCCCAGCGGACCCUCACAAUACGUUUGGGCCCGCCGCGUCGGACCGGCAUCUUCCCCCACCGUCGGAGCCGACACACCACCAGGUGGUGAUCGGUUGACAGCUCCGCCCCUCUCUUCACCCGAGUGUCGGAGACAUGCGGCCGCAAGUCCGACGACACGACCGCAAAGUCGAUCGUGGAACUCCGACCUAGGGUGUCCUGGUGCCGAGUGCACGCGUGGCUUGAACGUGGUGUUCGUUAUGGACAAUCCGUGAUGAGCACAGAAGUCCAAUAACAGAACACCGCUCGGGUUCUGAUUCCUCCCGAUCACGCACUGUCAUUGCCCACGUGAGCAUUGAAGUCCCCCGGCACCCCCUCCAAGGACUCCAAAAAGGGUGGGUACUCUGAACUGGUGUUUGGCGCAUAGGCACAAACAACAGUCAGGACCCGUCCCCCAACCCGAAGGCGGAGGGAGGCUACCCGCUCCUCCACCGGCGCCGAACCGGGGAGUAAUAAGUAUACCCGCACCUGCUCGGCGCCUCUCACUGUGGGCAACUCCAGAGCGGAAGAGAGUCCAGCCCCUCUCGAGAGGACCGGUACCAGAGCCCGAGCCGUGCGUGCCAGCUUCUGUAGCCGAGGUCCCCGCCUUCGGCCGCCGCCCGGCUCGCGCUGCGCCCGACCCCUACGGCCCCUCCCGUAGGUGGUGAGCCCGCGGGAAGGGCCGCAUACGCAACACUCAAGUCUAAAACGUCAUCUUUUCGAACAUGAAUGAUGUCUUUCAUUGAUUUACACGUGCAGCAUUGUCAGCAUCAGGCAGAUCUGUUCACGACGAUCGAGACGUGCUAGAAGUCUCAUUUUGCUGUGACGAAUAGCGGCAAAGGUUCGGAGUCUUUGAAAGUGGUGAAAAUGCCCCAAUUUCUGUCCGACGUCUUCACGCGGAGUCAGUGAGGUCCCGAUUUCAGGUGGGGCCCUUUCUGUUGAAUUCCCACUUCCAAACGUUCCGAAUUUCCUGCAUCUUUGUCCUGUUUUCAAAAGGCAGGUAUCAUUGGAAAGCUUGAUAACGCACAAACUGUCAAUCUGUUACAAUGAUAUCAAUUUCACUCUGUGAGAACAAUAGGGAAGUCGCAGGACAGCAAAGAUAGGCGUCGUUUGAAAAUUACGAUGGCUAUUAAGUUGACAUUUUCAACACCGAAUAAUGUGAAGGCCUCCUUUUCGUCAAGUCAUGUAAUAUCCAAAUGUAAAGUCAUCUAAAUGGAGUAAAAUACAGCCAAUAAGGCAAUAUAGUGACCAUAAUUUUUGUAAUAGGUGCCAUGUAUCGAAAAAAAAAACACUUCAUGAGUGGUUCAUGUACAUAGGAAGGAAAAAAUAUCGGACAUUUAAGAGGCUUUUGGAGUUGAUCCGAUUCACCAAAUGAGUUGUUGUUCGUGCCCAACAUCGGAGGGAGGCAUCAUGGCAGGGCGGAGAACAUCGCGAGGGAGCUCGCCAGCAGCUCGUCCAGAAGAUGUCUGUUUGUCAAGCCAUUGAAACCAAAUGUGGCCGAAAACUCAUCCUAAAUCGCGGUAUAUGGAUUUGCAAAAGCGGCCUUACGCACCGAAACCUUUUGAGGGGCGUUUGUCGACUCUAAAUUGGUGAACAAGUUUGGAUUCAAACUGGGGCACGUGUUCUACGUCACCCGGUCGCGCUGGAAGUCGCUCGGGUGACGACGCCGACGCACUGAAACGCGGAAAACCCAAAAUGCGCCAUCACGAGCGCGGCUCGUCGAGUGCCCGGCGACCUUCAAUCGUCGGCAUAUUUCGAGGCGACGUAACCCGUGUCUUGUCGCAAUUUUGAAAAGAUUUCCCACGUGUGACGCCAUCGAGUCCUGACGUGAUGACGUCAUCACGUCGCUCGCCGUCGUGACGUGGCGGAAGCUUCUCCGGUAGCGGUAGCGGGGUCGCAAGCGGGCAUGCUGAAGCCCGGCGGGGUCCGUCCCCUGGCGGCGGAGGCUCUGGCGGCGCUGCUGGAGGGAGGUCGGGGGGUCGGCGGCGGCCUGCUGCUGAUCGACAGCCGGCCUUUCGUGGACUUCAACGCGUCGCACAUCGCCGACGCCGUCAACGUCAACGCGUCCAAGCUGCUCAGACGACGACUGCAGCAGGACAAAGUCGACAUCGGAGACGUGCUGCGGCGCUCCGCCGGAACCGAGCUGGAUCUCCGGGCGGGCCUCCGGGUGGUGGUGUACGAUCAGAAUUGUCGGGACGCGGCCGCUCUGCGUUCCGACGCCUUCGCCGGCGUCCUGCUCCUCAAGCUGGAGCGCCGCUUCCCGUCUUUGCGCCUGCUGGCGGGCGGUUUUUCAGAGUUUUCCCGUCAGUUUCCGGGCCUGUGCGAGGGGAAAGGGCGCCCGUCUCAGCCGUCGUGCCCGUCGGCGCCGCCCUCCGUCUCGGGGCCGACCCGCAUCCUGCCCCACUUGUACCUGGGCUGCCAGCGCGACGUCCUCAACGAGGAAGCGAUGCAACGGAACGCCAUCGCCUACGUGCUGAAUGCCAGCAGCACGUGCCCCAAACCCGACUUCAUACCCGACUCGCACUUCCUGAGGGUUCCCGUCAACGACAGCUUCUGCGAGAAGAUCCUGCCCUGGUUGGACGCGUCGCUCGACUUCAUCGAGGAGGCGAAGGCGUCGGACGCGUGCGUGCUGGUUCACUGUCUGGCGGGGAUCUCGCGCUCGGCGACCAUCGCCAUCGCGUACAUCAUGAAGCGGAUGGACAUGUCUCUGGACGAGGCGUACAGGUUCGUGAAAGAGAAGCGGCCCAGCAUCUCUCCCAACUUCAACUUCCUGGGUCAGCUGCUAGACUUCGAAAAGAUCAUCUCCCGAGAAGCGCGGCGCGAGGGCCCGCCCGGACGUCGGCCGACGGAGGGGCCGGAGAGCCCGGCGCCGCUCGAGGAGCGCCCGCUGGCGCGGGCUCUGUGCGGCCUGCGUCUGGAGGACACGGCCCGCCCCAAGCGCCGCUUCUCGCCGGACUUCAAUACGUACGGCGAGGCGGGCCCAGCGGGUGACGGCGCGUCGGCGCCCGGUAAGGCGUGUCAGUUCUCCCCCGUGGAGGAAGUCUCGGAGCAAAGUCCGGACAAGGAGGAGGCGCGCGGACCGCUGCCGGCGACCUGCCGCGCGCGGGACGCCGCCGGCUUCCCUUUCGGACUCUCGCGGUGCCAGCGGCGCCCGUCCGGACCCGGACCGGGACCCGGCGGCGCCCUCGAAGGCCGGCACUCGGACAUCCUGCCGGGACCCUCUCCGUCCCCCCCGGGCGGCGGCCGGUACCGCUCCUCCUCGGCGGCGUACGGUGGCGGCCACGGGCCGGAGACGGUGCGGCGGCGAGGACGCCCGCGAGCGCCCGACCGGGGAGACUCUCGCAGGAGCUGGCACGAGGAGAGCAACUUCGAGAAGACCCGAAGUUGCCAUCGCUGGAGCGAAAACGACCUCGCCAAGGCGGCGGCGAGAGACAGCUUCUCGGCCAGCUUGGAGCUCAUUCGCGUGUCCUGAACGCCACGCUCCGCCACAACUCUCGCGAACAGCGGAACGAGUGUUUCCGCUCCGUGCGUAUCGCUGAAGCUAUCGAUAACGGCCAAUCAAAUCAUCGAGGUCACCAUAAUGACGCCCAUUCAAACGAUCGCUCCCAUCAUGAAUGUGAUCGACGAUGCUGUCGUUCGUGUCAUCGAUCGUGUGAUCGGUGACCCACGGCAGCUAUGAAGUUGAUCGUUCAGGUUAGUCGUAUGAAGAAAAAAGGUUCGAGAAGGUUCUCCUUUGCAAUGAUUGACACGUUGUCACUUUGUAAAAAAAAGAAAUAAAAGGAAGAGAAAAAAAGUGUUUGUGAAAUGUUGCCGAGAAAAGAAGGAGCGAGCAGACCUGAAAUGUUCAUAGAGCCCCCUCGUGGCCAAAGUCGCCGUAACGAGACAGCUCAUCACCAAGUGAGCUCGCCUCGAAAUAUGAAAUAAACCACAACUAUACAAGCCUUUUUGGGGUGAGCGGCUCCAGCACGCCCGCGACCCGAGUGAGGAUAAGCGCUCCACAAAAUGGACGGACGGAUUGACGGCAAGGCCGCGUAAUCGCACAUAACGUCAGGAACAUCGUGUCCCUGACUGCUCUUGAGUCACGACGUUCGUCACCAAC